AUCAAUUAAUUUGGCCUUGAGCAAAAACGAGCCUUGGCAAUCGGCAAUAGGGCGUACAUGUAUAAACGCAGAGAGUACGUCAAUAUUGCUGCUGUUCGUGCCGACACCGCCGAGGUCAUCUCCGCUACCAACACCAGCAACACCUUCCCUCUAUCUUCUUGAUAUUCUAUCUGUUGGGGUUAUCUAUUUCUCGACAAAUUAACCUUGCUCAUGGGGAUUGGAAUAACAGAAGAGGAAGAAGAACUAGAAGACGGGGACAAGGACGAGUAUAUACAAGAGUCUGACUCAUUCAUCCCUCCAGUGAAUUCGGCUUGUUUAACUUUGAAUCCAAGAAGAGAAAGAGAAGGAGCAAGAAUCUUCCUAAACACACUCACGCACUACAUAUUCACCACUUGAUCCGAUCCUCUUUUUGAAGAACUCGUUUCCGUUCUCUGGGCGCAAUUGACAUUGACGAUAACAUUCUAGUGGACGCGGGGCUGAAAAUAAAAAUGUCCUCCGACUGCCAAUAAGUACAUCCCGUUUCAAACACAAUAACAUACUGAAAUCAAGGAGAAAGUGGACGAGGGCCCACGUAUCAUGCACCAGGUCCAAUUCCAGACGCAACCGCCCAAUUUCCGUCCCAGUAAUAAUAAUCCAAGUGACGAUCUGAGGAGCAUCAAUCCGAAAGCUUGUUUGGAAGCAAUCGAGCUCAUCCCGGCUACUCCUCAGGAGACGUUUGAUCAGUCAGAGGACAAUCCGAACAUGGCCAAUCUAACCAAACACGGCAAGGGCGACGACAAUGGGUCGGAGACGGUCCCGUUCACGCCCAAUGCCUCCAAGCUACCCCAAAUUGUCAAGUCGCCGCUGAAUUCCCCCAAGGACCAAUCAGGUUUAGGGGCUAUUCCAGGCGGACCAAUGCAACAACAACAGCAACAACAAAAGCAACAACAACAAAAACAUCGGCAAGCCAAAAGAACCUCAACCGUUAGUCAUUAUUACCGGUCCACCUCGUGUUGGCCGCUCCUCUUUGAGCGCGCCAGUCCCAAUUGGUGGCAUCCCCAAUUCGAUUCACGGAUCCUUGAGGACCAAUACUGGACGUCGACCCUUCCCCGGACAACACGGCGCUUCCAAUUCGGCCUGACAUACCUGCUGGUCCUGUCCCUCCUUAUGGCUGUGUAUUUCCCUUGUAUGAGGACCAAACACUGGCCCACCUUCUUGGGUCUGAGUCUCGCCACUUGCUGUCUCGUAGUAUUCGUCCUAUUCCUGUCCACUUCACCCAUGUUUGCAAAACACACUUUCAAGAUCUCCAUAGCCCUGAGUUUCCUGGUGUGUGCCAUUUCCAUCUUGGCCACAACCAACGUGAAAAGUAGCAACUCGCCGGAGAAUGAUAUUUCUCCGGCCGGACUCUACGCCCUCUACUUAGCCAUAAUGCUCCUGUUGUACACAGCCGUACCAUUGCCAUUGUACGGGAUUGUCCUUAUCGGGGUCACCUACUCCGUUCUCUUUGAAACGUUCCUGUGUUACAAAUUACCCGAGAGGACGGCCUCUGAUGCAACGCUCGUGGUCAAUAUCCUCCUUCAUAUAUGCAUCCAUGUGAUAGGCACCCAUUCGCUAAUAACUAACCAGGUCCGAAUGAGGGACACGUUCAUGAAGGUAGGCCAAUCUCUCAUGGUCAAAAAGCAAUUGGUCACUGAGAAGGGACUCAAAGAGAAGAUGAUCCACUCGGUGAUGCCCCCUCAAGUUGCCGAUUGGCUCAUGCGUGAAGGCCACACUGAGGAUGUUGAUGACCUUGAGGAUGACCUGGACAUCUCGGAAAGCGGUUCCAUGGUUCGGAAGAUCUCGUCUCCCCGCUCGUCGAACCAGGGCGAUAUUCGGACCAUUUUUAGACCCUUCAACAUGAACGCCAUGGAAAACGUCAGUAUUCUCUUUGCUGAUAUUGUGGGCUUCACCAAGAUGAGCUCCAAUAAGACUGCCUCACAGCUCGUUGGUCUACUCAAUGACCUUUUUGGUCGGUUUGAUUUCCUUUGCAAUAAGUGCGGAUGCGAGAAAAUUUCCACCCUCGGAGACUGCUACUAUUGCGUAUCAGGCUGUCCUGAACCCAAGCCCAAUCAUGCCUUGAAUUGUGUGGAAAUGGGUUUGGCCAUGAUAUCGGCCAUCAAGGACUUUGAUGAGGAUUGUCACGAGUCCGUGAAUAUGCGGGUGGGCAUCCAUACGGGCACCGUCCUCUGUGGAAUCGUGGGCAAGCGACGUUUCAAAUUUGACGUGUGGUCUAAUGAUGUGAGUUUGGCCAACAAAAUGGAGUCCACGGGCAAGCCGGGCAUGGUUCACAUCUCGGAGAAAACCUACGAGUUCCUCAAAGAGGAAUACUUUGUUCAAGAAGGAGAACCCGUCAAAGAUAUGAAAACCUACUUUAUCACUGGCCGAGCGUCGCCCAAUUUCGUCCCUUUGGAUACACGAAUGGCUCGUAGGACCUCAAGCACCCCGGCUACCUUCCUCUUGCCAGCAAUAACGCAGACAGAUGCCACGGGAAAUGUUGUGACUCAAUCAAUGCCCUCCUUACCGGGUCAUGGUCCAGGGUCGGCCAAUUCCAACCGAUCCGGUCGUGGACUGGCCAGCAUCCCCUCGCUCUCGGGUACCGGUCAGCCUUCGGUCAAUUCUGGGCAUGCACCAAUCUCGGUGUCAGUAGACAAUGGUAAGAGCGUUUGGGAAGGCCACCGAUCCAGCCUCAAGCGUCUGAGCUUCAAAAGUGGUCGGAAAAUGCUUUCUCAAAUGACCACCAGCCGGUCUGCAGAUCAUGCCAACUCACCCAGAGUUAAUAGUCCUACCGUAACUAUAAAAGAACCGGCAGCUAUCGUCACUUAUGUGAGCUACUCCCCCAUUGGGAUCACCAAGACCACCGCCGUCACAACCACCAUGGCCAAUCAGCAUUUUGUCAAGAAUAAUAACUCUGGCUCGAAUGACAUUCCCGGAAACGGAACUGAAGCAUCCACUCCCGGCGCCCAGGCCAAUUCCGAGGGAUCCUUCGCUGAAAAUGGUCAGUAUCUUAAUCGCCGGAUAUCUCCGUUGACAAUUUCUCUCACAGAGCAGUUACAACCCUCCCCACUGUCAUCUUCUCCCCCGCAAAGUGCAGGGUUAUUGUCCUUUACCUCGCCCCUCUUGAGUGAAGGGUGGCCAAGCUCGUCCACACCCAAAAGUGCUGGGUGGCAGCCUGAAGAACCUCCUCAGUUCCCUCAUCCACUAGCCCUUCAAACCCGCCGUCGCUCACUUAGCGUUCCGGCAAUGGCUUUACGUUCAAGUAGUGUCCUGGCCAGCGCAACAGAUGGUCGAGAAUUACUUAGCAGCGCUGGAUUAUCCAUCCACGGUUCCUCAUCGGACAAUGAAGGUCAUUCAGGUUUGGGCCGGGAAGGGGGAUCCAAACUGCAUAGUGCGCAAAGCAUGGCCUCUCUCCGUCACCAAUCCGACCAAGCCAUGAUGUUGUGCGUUCGUGAGGAUGGAGGCCACCAUUCAUAUUUUUCCCGGCCUCCAUUGAAGUCAUUUUCGUUAUGUUUUGAAGACCCGCAUAUGGAGCGGGAUUACAGGCGCACGGCGUGGAAACCCAAUCGAUUCAUCCGCGACGGAGAGCACCGAACCCUGGCCUCGGCCACUUUCAACGCAUUCUUCGACAUUCUCGUCUCGGGGGUGCUCCUCUUAACGGUGGCCAUUGCAUGCUUCCUACAUUACCCAUUCAAUGUGAUCUGGCUCCUCUACUUCAUCGCAUCCGCCCUGUAUCACUUGGCCGUCGUCGUCAUGUGCUUUAAGCACCUCUGGCAUACAAGCAAACGAAGGACCACACUCAGUCGAAUCUACAGUUGGUGCCGAGGCUGGUAUGCGUCCCACGUGUUCGGACUCAUUCUCCUGGCUCUUCCAAUUUUGUCAGUGUUUGCGAAUUUUAAUUGCUCGUUUUUAGAUGGGAAGGGUGAGAGGGAGCUCUAUCUGCAGCUUUUCUUCUUCGGAGUGAUUCAUUUCAGCAAUUUAACCGCAUUGAACAAUUGGGUGAAGAGCUCCUUGGCUUCCCUUCUGGCAUUACUCUUUAUCCUGCUCUCCUCACCCUUAGUCUGCCCUUGUGAGAAUCCGGGCAAUAGGGCAGCUUCCGUCAACCUGGAGAACUCAACUACGUCUUUUGUGGUGACUGACGGGUUCCAACUAAUCAAAUGUGACCAUCUUCACUCUACCCUAUUCAUGGAGACCAUUGUCUGUCUGAUCUAUCUGAUAGCCUUAGUUUGGCUUCUCAAUCGUGAAUUUGAGAUCAGCUACCGCUUGAGCUUCCAUUGCUCGUUACUCUCGGCCAAAGAUCGCAAGGCCAUUCAAAAUCUCAAGAACCAAGCAGAUUGGCUUCUGCAUAACAUCAUCCCCAAGUAUGUGUCAGAUCAAUUAAAGAAAACCAUGCAAGAGUACUCUGAGAACCACUUGGAUAUUGGAGUGAUCUUUGCGAGCUUGGUCAAUUUCAACGAGCUCUAUGACGAAUCUUACAUGGGUGGCAAGGAGUAUCUACGGGUCCUCAACGAGCUCAUCAGUGAUUUUGACGAGAUCCUAGACAGACAUGAGUUCAGAAAUGUGGAGAAGAUCAAAACGAUCGGAUCAACGUUCAUGGCUGCUUCUGGAGUGAACCCGUACAUCCGCAAGGAGAAUACUCACAAUUACCAACACUUGCAUGAGCUUAUGGAAUUCGUGUUGGAAUUGCAAAACUCGGUGAAUGAGUUCAACCAAUCCCUCAUUGAGUUCGAUCUCAUUCUUCGGAUUGGAUUCAAUUUUGGAGACAUCACGGCCGGAGUCAUUGGUACCACCAAAUUGUACUAUGACAUUUGGGGCGAUGCCGUGAAUAUUGCCUCCCGGAUGGAGAGCACUGGUGUUGAAGGUCGUAUUCAAGUCUCUGAGAAAAGCAUGGAGAUCCUCAAGGAAUGGUACGACUUUGAAAAGCGGGGGUCCAUCUUCGUUAAAGGCAAGGAUAAUAUGACUACGUAUCUCUUGAUUGGUCGGAAGCCGAAUUAAGCAAACUCAAGAAUCCUGACCAUUACUGCAGGAACCUGCGCAGCCGAUCAACUCAAUGCAUAAUAGUAGGAAUGAUUAAGCCUAUUGUUAUGAGCAAUUUUGUCUGGAGAGGUAACUCCAUCUGUGACGGCAUUCCCUGUUGGAUCAUCAUUUCCUUUCCCUUCGAAAGAAAGCUACAUUGGAGACAUCAAAAAAGUUUGGACUUUUGUAUGGUUGUCAUUGUUUGUGGAAAAUAUGCCAAUCAUCGUCACCGUUUAUGGCCACUUGUAUGCCUGUCUACCCAUGUGAAUUGCUAUCGUCGUCACUAUCAUCAUCAUCAUCCCUUGUACCUGUUUACAAAAUUGAGCAAACAAACAAGCAAAAGGAACCAAAUCUUGUCAUAAUAACAAUAAUAAAGAUAAUAAUAAUGAUCUGCAUCCAAUACAUGGUCAAAUGCAAACAAUAAACGGACUGGCAAAAAUGGA